UGUCCAAUUGCAGCCGAUUGCAGUUUUCUGCUCGCCAACGCUCAAAUCGUCGAUUAUCCAAUCGUCUAUUGCUCCGAGUCGUUCUGCAAAAUUUCGGGCUACAAUCGCGCAGAGGUAAUGCAGAAGUCAUGUCGCUGCGCGUUCAUGUAUGGAGAGCUAACCGACCGUCAGACCAUCCAAAAGGUCGAUCAAUGUCUCGAAAACCAUCAAUCCGAACAGGUGGAGAUUCUCUUGUACAAGCGCAACCGAAGUCCACUUUGGCUAUUGUUGCACGUAGCGCCGAUCAAAAACGAGAAGGAUCUCGUAGUGCUGUUUCUUCUCACGUUCCGAGAUAUCACCGCAUUGAAGCAACCUCUGGACGACGAGGUAGCGAAGGCGGGUUUGUCGAAGUUCGCACGCCUCGCACGCUCCGUCACCAGAAGUCGAUCGGUAUUGGUGCAAUUCUCCUCCCAUUUGCCCGUUGCCAUCAAGAGCGAGCACAGCUCGAAGCAAUCGCAAAUCGCGCACAUGAUGAGCCUCAACGCAGAGGUGCUACCGCAGUACCGCCAGGAGGCGCCCAAGACACCCCCUCAUAUUUUGCUACACUACUGUGCCUUUAAGGCGAUCUGGGAUUGGAUCAUACUUUGUUUGACCUUCUACACGGCAAUAAUGGUCCCAUACAACGUUGCGUUCAAGAAUAAAACGUCAGACGACGUUUCGCUGCUCGUGUUGGACUCUAUCGUCGAUGUGAUCUUCUUUAUCGACAUCGUUCUUAAUUUCCACACGACAUUUGUGGGUCCUGGAGGCGAAGUAGUUUCUGAUCCAAAGAUCAUACGAAUGAACUAUCUCAAAAGUUGGUUCACCAUCGACUUAUUAUCCUGUUUACCGUACGACGUAUUCAACGCGUUUGAUGGAAGUGAAGAUCAACAAGGCAUCGGGAGUUUGUUCAGUGCCCUGAAAGUAGUGCGACUCCUCCGACUAGGACGGGUUGUCCGUAAGCUGGAUCGUUACCUAGAAUACGGUGCUGCGAUGUUAAUCCUGCUGCUAUGUUUCUAUAUGCUUGUCGCGCAUUGGCUCGCUUGCAUUUGGUACUCGAUCGGACGUAGCGACGCUGAAAAUGGUUACACCUUCAGUUGGCUAUGGAAGUUGGCGAACACAACGAAAGAAGAGUUCCGAUUUGGCUACAAUGGAGAGAAGGUGGAGCUAAAGGGGGGCCCGGCCCGAGGGACGAUGUACGUUACCUCCCUUUACUACACCAUGACCUGCAUGACCUCGGUCGGCUUCGGCAACGUCGCCGCGGAGACCGACAAUGAGAAGGUGUUCACAAUCUGUAUGAUGGUGAUAGGCGCGUUACUUUAUGCCACGAUCUUUGGACACGUAACGACAAUCAUCCAGCAGAUGACCUCGGCCACGGCUCGCUACCAUGAGAUGCUCAAUAACGUGCGUGAGUUCAUGAAGCUGCACGAGGUGCCGAAGGCUCUCAGCGAGCGCGUCAUGGACUAUGUCGUGUCCACAUGGACGAUGUCCCGGGGCAUCGACACGAGUAAAGUUCUUGGCUACUGCCCGAAAGACAUGACGGCCGACAUCUGUGUACACCUAAACAGAAAGGUCUUUAACGAACAUCCGGCGUUCCGGCUCGCGUCGGACGGGUGUCUGCGUGCGCUGGCCAUGUAUUUUUCUAUGGAUCAUUCGGCGCCUGGUGAUCUCCUUUACCACACCGGAGAGUCAAUAGAUACCUUGUCCUUCGUGGUGUCCGGCAGCCUCGAGGUCAUUCAAGACGAAGAGGUCGUUGCCAUUCUAGGGAAGGGGGACGUGUUCGGGGACUGCUUUUGGCGCGAGCCGACGAUCGGCCAGAGCUGCGCUAACGUACGAGCGCUUACCUAUUGCGACCUUCACUCAAUCAAGAGAGACAAACUGCUCGAAGUUCUCAAUUUUUAUCACGCAUUCGCAAAUUCGUUUGCCAGGAAUCUUCUAUUGACUUACAACCUCCGUCAUCGGUUGAUAUUCCGGAAAGUGUCCGACGUGAAGAGGGAAAAGGAGCUUGCGGAACGUAGAAAGAACGAACCACUCCAAGAAUUGAGCCAAGAUCAUCUUGUUCGAAAAAUCUUCUCAAAGUUCCGCAAAGCCUCAACCGUAGACCAGCAGCACAGACCGCCUUCGAUUGACCUCGAAAAAGGCAACAUGGCGGCAUCGUUUCCAGCUGGCGGAGAAACACCCGCUUCGAAUCACCCAGCAGUCCAUCACCCACCCUCAACCCACUCUCUACCCCAGCGCAACGUGUCGAUUAAUGUGAGCGAGCCCCCCGGCCAAGCGGGUGGCUUGCACCCUGCUGCACAUCACUCUACUCCGCCUACGGGCACACAACCCCCGCCGGUAGGGGGGCCUAAGCUGUCCCGGUGGGCCUCGCUCCGAUCAGACUCCAAAGACUCUACAGCACAUACGCCUACACCGGCAGCUGUGGCUCAGCAACCGGUGCAACAGCAACAGGAGAAUGCUGAUACUGGCAACGUGAUGAAAUCCGGCAUUCAAAAGAUAGCGGCUGCCCCUGUGGGUCAACUGACAUCGACUGGACAAAGUGGCGGCCAGCAAGUUCAGCUCUCCCAGCCCUCAGCAGCGCUCCGAUUUUCUAAAUGGGGAAAAUCUAUGGCCGGAUCUCGUCAUGAGACGAUAGAAGAAUCGGCUGGUGAGGCAUGCUCCCUCAGUUCAGAACAAAGUGCGGGAGCAUCAACUGUCAAAGCGCUGCCCGUGCCCCCUGGGGCUGGCCAAAUGACGAUUGAAGCCAGCAGACUUCAUACAGAAUACCAACAAGUGCUUACCAACAUUGUUGAUAUGCGCGUUGACCUGAAAAUAGAGAUGAGUCGUAUUCAGCAAAAAAUUACAAAGAUAGAGGAAUCCUUGGAAGAGUUAUUAAGGCGGUCGAACAACCAACUGGCGUUCCUGCCUGCUCUAACAGGGCCCUCAGCGACGGAGCGCGGUCCGCCGGACGUCUCGGUUCGAGCUAACGCGCCAUUGUCAUCGGCGGAACUCGAACGGCCGGUAGAUAAGCCACAAGAAGCGCCAAAAGAGAGGGCGCUUGGGGACGCUAACACGGAACCUGGGGAAACCGCGGGCUGCAGAGUCCCUGCGCCGGCGACGACCGUCGCUACGCAGAAGGAAUCGGCAGAUUCACCCGCAGAAAUCUGACUAGUGAAUCUGCGCGAGUGAUCAGAUUAGAGUAGAUUGUUGAUAUUUGGAGACAGGAAUCCAUGCAGCCGCGGCAUCCCAUGCCGAAGGGCUUUCGCCCCCAAGCUCACCAACCGUUGGUUCGGCUAACAAAGACUUCGUGACAGUAAAAUCCGACACGCAGCGUCUCUGUCUCUGAACCUGAUUCUUAACUAAUAGCGAAAGUAUUAUAGACAUGGAUAUUCCGGAUUACUUGUAGAAAAUGGUCUGAACAUCUGAGGAAUCCACAGUAAAUAACAAAGUGAUUUUUGAUAACGUAUUGCGUAUAGAAAUUGCUGCUACAUAAAAAGGGUAACUCGUGUUACUAAGACUGACAUAGUAAUGAUCUGAAUAACAAGAGAAUUACUUAUACUAUAGUCCUCCACUGACCUUGAUAUGGACAGAAAAAGCAGAGCCGAUGGAUGAGCGUGCGGUGAGACUAUUCAGUGCACUGCUCUGGUAUCUAAUAAAACCAAACGUGCAUACACACAGUCGGUGCAUACAGUGACGCAAACAGGAAAGUACAACAAUAUGAUAUUACUAAAAGUUAACCAACUAUAAACAAUACAGAAGAAUCGACACACAGAAGCAACCACCCCCUGAAAAGCACCCCAGAUUCCCGAUAGACACAACCAGCGUCAAAUCCAACAAUGACAAAACACCAAUGCGAUUAUCAUAAUAACUACUGCAAGCACAACAAAGCAUUGCUUCGCGAAAAAACCUUCUACUUAUUAAGAAAAUCUAUUAUUAUAUUUAUGAACGUACGUAUCUAUAUAGAUUAUAUGUAAGCGUUACAAUCGAUUCUGAGUGGUGAGAGAGAAAAUGAAAAGAGUAGAAGUAUUGCCACGGGCUUAUACAAUCGAUGGAGGGUUACAUGUACAAUGUUUAGUAUUAUGGUUAGACGAGGUAUCAUGGUUUUACAGAAGUACAUACAUACAUACAUACAACAUAGCCUCGAAGGGCCAGAUGGGAACGUCGGUGAUUACCUGGGCUUCGAUAUUAGCCUUACAUGCCUUGCUUAAAUUAGCUGGUAGAUAAAUUGGCAAGCGUGGAAGACAAGGUUAGAUAUAAGGUGACAGACAAACAAAUACUUCUUACUUUAUAAUGCACAAACAGGGCAAUACCGGCCGGUUCGCGCACGGGAUAUUGUAAAAGCAUUCGACACGCCUAAUAAGUAAGUGAUAAGGAAUGACAGCUCAUCUGAGAUUGUCAUACAAAACCAUCUAUAGUAUUUCUAAUAAAGAUAGAUAACAAAAACGAUGCCAAGGUAUGAACUGAAUACUUAAACAAAGGGCAAAAACAGAUGCAGAUAAGCCGCAUUACUUGACACCAUUAUAUCGCGCCACUUGAGUGCAGGGGCGAAAAACGGACAUUAUGGCGUAAAUAAGCGCCAUCGCUUAUGAGCUGUACAGCAUUUCAUAGGCACAUACGGGGGUCCUCGUAGUUAUUACUGUCUUCGUAGAUGUACCGUCACAGGUGAUUCAACUCUGUUACCUGCAUUACUUGGAUGCCUCAUUCUUCUUGCGACUCGUUGCUGGUAAGGCGAAGUCCUGGCAUAGUUUCAUUCAUGUCAAUAGAGGAGUGCGUCCUUUGUACCUGCGUCCAGCUUAAGCAAGGUCCCUGAGCCGCGUAAAUCCGUGUCCUGGUAACCCAAACAAAUACAACACAAAUUCAGACUAUACCUAGACGUAAGUGUCUACCUACAACGUACGAUAGAACACAAACAGCUAACAAGAAAACAAACAAUACAACUUCCUGGACCAAAAACCGUAAGUGAAGAAUUAUAUAUGUAAAUCCUAAUAUAUGCACAAUUCUAUACAAUCUAAGGGCAGAAUGGAUGAGAGCCUUUUAAUACCUACACAAUAGCCUAACAGUACAACAUUGGUGGAAAUACGUAGUUCUCUCGAGAAAACCUCAAUCUAUAGUGUUCUGUAGAUUACACAAGAAAGAUUCAUAGAGAAUUGGCUUCAAAGUCGAGCCAGUGAGGAUUGACCUAUGUGUAUACGAUGCCCCGAAUGAAGUCACCAUUAGCAGUAACUGAGCCUUAAGUCAUUGAGAUCGAACUAAAUUAACAAAAGUAUACACUCGAAUACAUAAAUUGUAUAUAAAUGAAGCGAAAGGUAUGCGUUCGCUGUUUUACUAGAAUGUGAUUCUGCUAAACGCGGAACGAAUUCAGGCAUUCAUGAAGACGACACACUAUCAAUACGUCUUUGUGUUGAGACGACACACGGAACCCAAAUGAAAAAACGCCCAAAACUGUAUACGUGAUAAACAGAAACGUCUAUGAAAGUACAUCUAUUGGCAUGAACGGUUGCCAUGAGCCAGUUUCCGCUAUCAGUCCACAAGCACCUACACACCGUAUAACUAUGAUGCCGUUCAAAAGCAACUGAUGAUUAUCGUUCUGCUAGGCCUUCCAGUUAUGGCGACGGCUGUUUCGGUAGAUUCAAGAAUGGAAAAUAACAUCGUAUUCAUCCUUCGAUCAUAGCUAUAGUAUUUUUAUAUACUAACCGAAACUAAAGACGAUUUGCCCUUUUGUUAUAGUUCCAAUAUGUGGAUGGCAGUGAUUACUCUGAGUGAAUUUACGUGUUGCAUAGGGCUGGCAAACACCAUGCUUAUUCCCCCUAAAGAAAAAUCGGAUUUCUUUCAGUACCGGGACGCCAUAGGCAUAUUCAAACUAAACGUGGUCAGACGCGCUUAAGCAAAAUGGCUUUACUGCCUUUUGAUUCUCACCGAUGAUUGAUGUUGAACAUGUUGAAGGGCAGCAUCAGUUAGCAGGAAUUAGACGAAGAACCGCAACAACAGAAAGAUACAAAGUAAUGCAGAGGUUACUAUUAACCCUGUAGCAAGGUCGCUCAUUCUACCGAUCAACGCCUGAGCCUUGAAACGCCCCUUCCUUCACAAUGUGAGCUUGUGCGAAAUGCUUCAUCCGAAGAACAUGACACUAAUCCCGAUUUGACCACACCGUGCCCAUGUCGUUCCUGAAUGCACUUCACCCUUCCACCUCAACCAAAAACCCUUGUCUAACCCUCCGAUUCAACGCACCGAACGCCUUCAGCCAAUGAAAUAUAAUUGAGAUAAUUCGUGCCUAGAAAAUAUAGGCGCUUAGUUUUAUUCUGCAACUAAUAAUACUAUUUUUAUAAUUCGUGAAGCCUAUACAAGCCUUGUAAGCCAGCGUAUCCGUAGCUUUUUCGAAGCGUAACGAUAUAAACUUAACGUUCCCUCCGCGAAACCUAAUUAGUGCAAUUUGCAGAGCACCAGAUGACCCAAAACGAGCAAAACUGUAUCCACUGGACAAGACAAUUGCAGCAGAGAAAUGCUCGCUUUUGUGCUAUUAGCUGAUCUGAGAAACUCGAAAGGCAAACAAAGACCGACGGUUUGGAACCCAUCCAAGGCGAAGGUCGCUAAAUCUUUUUUGUCGAAUACUAAGUGUGCAAAGCGCCUGCUUUCACACACGACGUAUGUGUGGUUCAGAUUUAGUUAGCAAAGAAAAAUGACGACGAAGAAGAUCUUCAGUAAGCGCACCCCCUGGUCCCAAGCAGUUCACGCAACAACCUUCCUGGUGGGGUACCAUUCUUGCAGAGGCAACACUCCUGAGGUCUCCGGCCUCAUCGUAGUACCCAGCCGUCUACCGCGCUUCUCCCGAUGCCAAGUCACUGCUAUUACCUACUACUUGUAACCUACAGAUCCUUACCAUCCUUUGCCUAUCUAAGCAUGCAAGGCGAGUGAGACCACUCAAAACAACCCAAUCGACGAGUUUGAAACAUGCUAUUGUAUAGUUAGUGCUAAUAACGUAUGAUAUACAUUAGUUUUUAUUGAGACGAGGGAAGAUAAAUCAUUUAGAGAACAGAAAAAUCAUGACCGACAUUGUUUAAGAAACACCAGAGGAACGAAGAGACAAAGACCGACUACCGACCCGUCUAAUAAACGGACCCAGUUGCCAAGCCCACUGUGUCGAUUAAUCGAGUCGAAUCAGAUAUAAUUUGAUCAUAAAAAUAUGUAAAUCAAUAUUAUUCUAUUGAUGUUACUAGGUGCAGCAUAGUACCACUAGUUAACACGUAUGAAUCGUUUGAGAGUUUUGGGUGGACACCAUUUAUGCUUGCUUGUGCUAUACAGACCGUGGGACUAAUCUAUAUCUUUGAGUGGCGCUUCUUUUUAAAAGCUGCUAUUUCCACCCACCCUGCGUUGUCUAGAAGACGCCUGAAAAAAGGACGCGACACCAGAGGGCUCCUCGUGGCAGGCAACUGCAAGAGUUAUUUGUCUGGCAUUGAUUGAGACAACAUAUAUAUAUAUAUAUAUAUACAUAUAUACAUAAACAUUAAUAGGCAUUAUUCCUCUAAGAUAUUUAAGUGCAGAGAGGACCGUAAAAUGCCUAUUUCUCUCGAGUAUCUCACCUUUCUCACCCCCGAACCAAAGUAGCCCUUUCAUAGUAU